GUGUGUGAAGUGUCAUAUGGAAUAGCAAUUCAGUCGUUACGUGAGUGCAAAAGUGGUUAUACUGUAACAUUUCCUCGUAUUAGUAUUUCUUAAUUUGAAAACGUCGUAUUAUAUUUUUAUAUUAAAUGUGUGUUUUUCAAAAUUGAUUUUAGUUACAGAAGAUCCUCAUAAUGGCCUUCACAUUUGCCAACUUGAAGUACCUGCCGCUGCUGGUGUUCCAAAUAAUUCUAAUGGUUCUUUACUAUAUGUUUGUGAAAUAUGGAGGCGAGGAAGAUCACAAUAUACGAGGUUUUGAAGACACUCAUGUGAUGAUAUUCAUCGGUUUCGGUUUCCUGAUGACAUUCUUGAAGAAAUACUCCUACAGUGCCCUUGGCUUUAAUUGGUUCCUUGCAGCGCUCGUCAUACAAUGGGCAUUACUCUGCCAAUCCUUUUACCAUAUGAAGGACAACACAAUAUACCUAACAAAGAAAUUGCUGUUGGAAGCAGAUAUAAUGUCGGCUACAGUUUUGAUCACAUUUGGUGCCGUUCUUGGGGUCGCCAGUGGACUUCAGCUGCUUUUCAUAGCUAUUAUUGAAACAGCCGUGGGUUGCUUCAACUUCUGGCUGGUUGAGGACGUAUUUAAAGCAGCUGACGUCGGUGGAUCAAUUGCAAUUCAUGCGUUUGGGGCUUAUUUCGGCCUCGGUGUGAGCUUGGCUAUGAAAGGGAAGAAAAAAAAAUCAGAAACUGCGGAAAAUGUGGUUGACCUGAAUGGCCCGAGCUAUAUGUCGGAUGUAACGGCUAUGAUUGGAUCAAUAUUCCUCUGGAUCUACUGGCCAUCUUUCAACUCGGCACUCACCAAUUCUAACACUGAAUACCAACGGGCCGUCGCCAAUACAUAUUUGGCGCUUGCAGCUGCUACAGUAACAACUUUCGUCAUGUCUUCAGUAUUGAGCCAUCAUCAUGGCAAACUGGAUAUGGUGCACGUACAGAACUCAACGUUAGCUGGGGGCGUGGCUGUUGGAUCAGUGUGCAAUAUGUAUAUUGGGGCAGGAACUGCUAUUGCUAUCGGUAUGGGGGCUGGAGUGCUCAGUGUGCUUGGGUACCAAUACUUAACACCACUACUCACUCGGAUUGGAAUCGGUGAUACAUGUGGAGUGCACAACCUUCACGGAAUGCCUGGCGUCUUUUCUGGUAUACUGACUGCUGUCUUUGCCGGUCUGGCGACUAAAGAGGAGUACGGCGCUGACCUGACCGGCGUUUUUGAGGCAAUGAAUGAGGAAGGCGUCGCAAGGACUGCAAGCGACCAAGCUCUAAACCAAUUUUUGUCUUUGAUAGUGACUCUUGUAGUUUCUUUUAUCGCUGGAACUAUCACUGGAUUUCUCGCCCGGGCGCCGUUCUUGGAGCCAUUAAAGGAUAACGAAGAAUACAAUGACGAAGUCAACUGGGAAUUGCCAUAAUCAAACAAAAUUUUGCCGAGAAAGCUAUUUUUUUUGUAACGACCUUUUUUUUUAGUUAAGUAACUUUGUAUAGUGAGAAUAAGGACAAGCUAAAACUUGUCAAAUGUCUAUUUAUAUUGUUGUUGUGUGAAGAUAUUAAAUAUUAAUACUCUUAAAUUUAUUUAACAUAAUCGAUGUCUGCAAUUAAUUAAAACUAGCUUUAAUUAACUUUCGGCUUUUUCAUGUGUAGAAAGUGUUUUUUUAUGUAUACUUUUAAAUAAAUUGCACAAGUGAUAA